UGUGUAGGUUACGGCGCUCUAAUGUACACAACAACAAACUGGAGACUACUCUGGAGAAAGCGUACAAAUACAAGGCAGUGUAGAUCUAGAUCUAGAUCUAGAUCAGGAUUCUAAAUUCUUAUUCUAGUUAUAUUCUACCUGCGAAUUUAUUAGAAAUUUUCUGUAGGCUAAUAAACUCUAGAUCUACAUCAUUCUAGACUCUAGAGUCUAGAGCUAGAAUCUAGAUCUAGAUCUAGACUCUAGAUUCUAGAUAUUUCACUGGUAGAUUUAUUAAAUUUAUAAUAUAAAUCAUUCGAGACGAUGAUUCUUAUUUCGGAUUACAAUUCUAAGUAGUAGAUCUAGAAUUCUAGAUCUAGGCUCUAAAUUUAGUUUAGCCUAGAAAAUUGUUUUCAAAGAAAGAAGUGUCUCAGUCUGACUGAGGCUUAAUCUAGUAUUAGUAAGUUAGUGUUCACUAACUUUGUGAGAUACGCCGAUACGGAGAGGCUUAUUCAAUUCUAUGAUGAAUCUAGAUCUACAUAUAGAUCUAGAUUCUUGUACUUGUAGCCUACAGAAAAAUAAAUUAUAGAAUUUAAAAAAAAAGACAGUAACGACAGAUUUUCACAGUUCUUAUCGACUUAAAAAUCAACGAACAAACCAAUCAAAUAUGACACCACACUCAGGCAACAAAAAGACGUUCCUCUACACAAGCCCAGAGAAGAAUGGAGGCAAUAACCAAAGGCCCACAACCCCCAGUACAGGGGCCACAACCCUGAACUCCCCCAGAGGUACACCACUAGACCUAGGCAACAUGUGGAGCCUAAAGAACAUGCCUCUCCACUCAUCCUCCAGCAUGCUGCAGCCAGCCGGCACUGAGGUGCUGAGUAAAACAUCACCAACAGCCUUGUACUCACGUUAUGGGAGCUUUAAUGGUCGAGCUGGGAGUCCUGGAAGUCAGAUUAUUGGCACUAGACAAACAGCUCCGCAGUGGUCAAGCUCUGGCCACAGCUUCUCCCAGUCCUCCCAGUACCGCCUGUCCCCCAGGACACCAUCAGACGCCAGACGGAGGGAACAGGCACCAUCUCCACUGGACCGUGACCCCAAUGACUUUUGAUAAUGUCUACACCUAGAACUUGUAAAUUAUUGUACAUUAAUUUUGUUAACCUUUAAGAUGUAUGCACUAUGUUUUUAAUGAAUGCCAUUAUUUUAUGACAAAGUUAUUUUUAGUUCUCUGCAUGUGGUCUGUAAGGACAUGUAUUUACAUUUGUUAUGUGUAGGCUUUUGUUGGCCAAUCAAGACUUCAAUUCAAGCAACUCCAGUUAUUUAUUUUCAGGCAGUAAAUCCGCAAUACGAUGAAAGAGAAUAAUUGUGUAUUCAAUAUAAAGUUCAUACAUUUGACUGAGGUCCUUGAAGAAGAUGAACAACUGUUCACAACAUUUGUUCUGUCACACUCACAGCCAGGUAACACACAUGCACACACACACACACAGGAACAGGGCUUUACCCCCCUCUCAUUAAUUACCCCUGGACAUUUCCCCCCUGACAUUACCCCCCUAGA